AUGUCGACAGACACAACAGCAAUAGGAAAUGCUAAUGAGACGACCAACGUUCGUCGUGCUGAACCACCGGUAAAUGUCUACGUUCGUAUUCGACCAUUUAUUGGCGAUGAACUUACUCGUGGUGAAAAUCAAAAUAUGCUUUGUAUUCGUGAUGAAAAACGCAUUGCAGUUAAACUCUAUCCGACCGCGACGAACAAUAUACGACCCGCCCAAACCUCCUACAAUGAAUAUGAAGUAACACGAAUCUUCGAUCAUAAUUGUACACAACAAGAACUAUUCGAACAAAUUCUUGAACAACCAACAGAUGAAAUUUUUACCGGCUCAAAUUGGCUCUUGUGCACACUUGGUCUUACGAAUAGUGGUAAAACACAUACCAUGUUUGGCACACCAAAAGAUCCUGGUCUCAUUCCUCAAUGUUUGCAGCGCAUCUUUUUACAUGUUGGUUAUAAUAUCGAUACGAAAGUUCUCUUCAAACCAGAUGGUCUAGAAAAUUUAGUUCAAACAAACAUGAAUAAUCUUCAAGAUGAAAUUAAUUAUCGAAAAUAUAUUUUCAAAGAUGAUAAAGACGAUCGUCGACGAAAUCAUCUGCAAAAUAUCAUUCAAGAUCAACAAUCUAUUCUUGAUGACCAUUCAGUUGAAGACGAGCAUUAUUCUGUUUGGAUAUCAUUUUUCGAGUUGUACAAUGAAAAUGUUCUCGAUCUACUGGUUAAACCAAGUGCAAUGAAAAAACGCAAACCAUUGCGUUUGAUGCAGAACAGCGAAUCUACAGUCAUUAAAGAUCUCGUUCAAAUACCUGUUUUUGAUUUGAAAGAAGCUGAAGACACCAUUCGAUUUGGUUAUGCAAAUCGUGCAACAUCAAAAACGGAUCUAAACGAAGCAUCAUCACGUUCACAUGCAGUACUUUGCAUUACAUUGAUUACAUUCGAUGAAUUCGAAGAAGAACCAACUAUGAGUCAUAUGUACAUUUGCGAUCUGGCGGGCAAUGAACCGUCGACGGGUACUGGAAAACAACUAGCAGAAACAUGCAACAUCAAUACAUCCUUGAUGACAUUCAAAGAUUGUAUUCGAGUGCUUAACGAAAAUCAAACUGCAAAAAAGCAAAUGUUACUACCAUAUCGAAAUAGUGUAUUGACAAGUAUCUUUCGACCGUUCUUUAUUGGUCGAGGUCGAACUAUAAUCUGUUGUAACGUUAAUCCAUGUGCUACAUUUAUCUCGCAAACGAAUGAUCUGUUGAAAUUCAGUGCACUUGCGCAAAAGACAAUCAUUGUACCAGUGGAACCACCACAGAAAAAAGUCGUCGUUGAAUCGAAGAUCAAAGGACCAAAACGACUGGGUCAAGGUGGACGUCCAAUUGGUAUAGGCAAAAAGAAGCAUCAUCAAUCCCUAGAUAGUGAAGAUAUCGAAGAUCAAGAUGGUGUGGUACUUGACGAAGCAGGCAUACCAGUUGAUGUUCAAUCCAUUUACUAUUGGAAAUAUUGUACAAAGAAAGCAAUGGACCUUUUGCAAAAACAAGCAAAUAAUCGACGCUUGUUUCUUGUUCAACGACAUGAGGAACGUACCAAGGCUAUCGAACAUAUUCUUUGCCAACGUACGCAAAUUGCUCAAUUAAAUACAGAGAAACAAGCAGCUAAUCAACAAAUAGAUUCAUUGAAUAAAAUAAUUCGUUCUGAACAAGAAAAUACGAAACAGGUGAAAGUGAAAUCUCAAGAAACUGAGAAAAAAUAUCAUGAUCUGUCGAAGAAGUUCACUCAAACUAAUCAAGAUAACGACACAUUACGUUCACGUCUGAAAACUCUGCAACAAAAGUUCGAUAGUCUAAACACUGAAUACAAUACCAUCCUUGAGCAAAAUCGUCAACAUGAACAAGAGCAAUUCAAUGCUAAAACUCAACAUAACGAAAAAAUCAAACAUUUGAAACAUGAAUACGAACAAGAAAGACUGGAUAAACUUCAAAAAGAUAAACUUAUCGAACAAUUAAACGAAAAAAUUCGCUCCGAACAAAACCAAAACGAAAAGAUUCAACAAGAAUCAACACAACUGAAACAAGAUUUAAAAGUUAUUCACGCUAAGUAUGAUACAUUACAAAUGGAACUACUGCAAUUACGCGAAGAAAAAACCAAAGAACCUAUUGUGGUUAUCGAACCUUUACCCUCCCAUCCACCCGCGCCAACACCCGUACCCGCCACAACCACAACAAGAUUGAUUCGAUCAAAACGAAGUGCUCAUGAAGAGGAUACACAAGAUAACAAGAAGCCCAAACAUGGAACACCAGAUCGACCAGCAGGCAAUAGUGGUUUGGCUAGUAAGCCGAGUACGAGAAAAAUACCGUCGAGAACGAAUCUUGACGAUGAACGUAAACCGACGCCGCCUACUCUUGCUAAAGAUGUUAAAACAAAGAGCGCUUCAAUUUUGAAAAAACGACCAUUGGCACCCUCGAAUAGUGCUGAUUCUCCUAUGCUAACAGCCAAGUCAGGUACCAAUUCAACAACAUCACCAGUUGACCUUCACCCACUUGUUCAACCUUCACCGGCGAUUUCAACUACAAUGAGUCCAAAACCAUCAACUAUUCAACGUAUUCAAUCAUUCUUUCGUCAUACACCUCCAUCCAAUCGUAUUAUCAAUCAACUGAAAACAACUUCGGCCGGUAUCGCAUGUGGUCCAUCGUCACCCCUACCCGCUAGUCCUAUAACUAUUCUACAAAAACCGUCAUUAGCUAUGAGAAAACAAACUCCCAAAAGACGCUACAAACUGCGAAGUCGUGUCAAUUCCAAUCAAUAA